CGAUAGGAGCGAAGCCCUGCUCUUCCAAAUACCGGUACACACAUUCUCCCGACACGGCGCAGUCGACUGAUCAGCAACCAUAAGAGGAUUCGAUCUAUGUAUGUAUUCACAUGAUGGUGAUUGCUGAAACAAGGUCGGCUCGACUUCAACUGCCAUCUACUGUACCAACUCAGAACGGAUCUCGAUCUCGAUACAAAUCACACCUUGUUCCUCUGCGCGGACUCCAUUCCCAGGUAAUGGAACACGAGCAACGACCGAAACAGGUGUAUUCCCGUGCGGCGAGGCGGUGCAUGUCUUAUAGCCCCAGCUCACAUUCUAUGUACGCGUGCGUCGCACGACACUGCUGGAGUGAGCCGUUCGACUGCUUGAAGGUAUUUGAUAAAUUCGCAAUGACCAGGGCAGGCGAAGAUGCCUCGACCACCUACAACUUCUUUCUGGAAAAUAUCGUCCUAUCCGCGACCGUUAUGGUAAGGAUUCUGCAAUGUCGAGGCGUAGUGAUCUUUGCGCGCGGCACGAGAAAAAGAGAUAUCGUUUUACCGGCCUUCAGGGUCCAAGGCAGCAAUCGACAAGGCGAGCAUGGUCCACAUCCUUUUGGGAGCCGAAAGCUGGUGAUCCUCAUCAGCAUCCCCCUUUUUCUGCUCUAGCCGUCCGUUUUGGGCUUUAGCGAGCACAGUAGAGCACCCGCAUUGCAGCAAAUCACCACACCGACUUUCAGAUGCGUUUGCCGCUAUCCUCUCCUGGCACCCCUCGGAUUCCUUGACAGGUGUAGCAUACGGUCGAGUGGUCACAUGGCGGCCUGAGCAUGCCUACGUCG